ACCACCCCAAACUCAAUUUUCGAGGGCCGUGGACCGGCGGUUUUUUGACAUGUUUGCUAGAGUUCAUGGUCAUUGUCGUCAUUUUUUCUCCCGCAUUUUCAGCCACAUCCUACCCAUCUAACGUCGACAAUUUUGACCCGCGACGGACCUCAAUUCACGCGACGAGCACGAGCACACGCACAGCACCCGAACACGCGCACACGAAGUGGCACAAGCGACCAUCCUGAAACCCAACCUUCUGUGGCGAUCGCCAGAUUAAAGUUCGCUCCAGGGUCCAACAUCACCACAAACACGCCAUAGGACCCACGACAUGAUCUUGACCCUCUGAAGCUUAUCUUUUAGCUGAAAGCUCACUGAAGCUCACUGAAGCUCAAUCAAGAGGCAUUCCGACACUCUAGGUGUCGGCCCCUUGGCCACAUCUGCCCCCAACCGAGCCCUUCGUCUUGUCUUGCCUUGCCUUUUGUCUUUGUCUUGUCGCAAACAUGAGUGACCUCGAUAAUGCCAUUGCUCAGCUUCGAGCAUGCCGCCCAAUCCCAGAGGCUCAGGUCCGAGAACUCUGCCACAAAGCUCGAGAGCUCUUAAUCGAAGAAGGCAAUGUCGUCACAGUUGCUGCCCCCGUAACGAUAUGCGGUGACAUUCACGGCCAGUUCCACGAUCUGAUGGAGCUGUUUCGCGUGGGAGGCGACCCCCCCGACACAAACUACCUUUUCAUGGGUGAUUUCGUCGACCGAGGCUUCUAUUCCCUCGAGUCUUUUCUGCUCCUUCUGUGUCUCAAGGUCCGAUACCCAGACCGGAUGACCCUCAUUCGCGGCAACCACGAAUCCCGACAGAUCACAACCGUCUACGGCUUCUACGAUGAAUGCUUACGAAAGUACGGCAGCGCAAACGUCUGGCGCUACUGUUGCGACGUUUUUGACUACCUCGCCCUCGGUGCCAUCGUCCUCGGCGCAUCCAACACACUCUCCCCGCCAAAUGAGAGAACAUCCAGCGAGAUAUAUGAGGAAGAGGAAAUAGAGAUCGAGGUUUGUAACGCAGAGGGCGAUGUCAUGAGCCGCUUCGGUAGACAACAUGCCGAACAGAAGAGCCCAAAUGGCAUCCCGGCAAGGACAGGUCCUCCAGGCUCUGGCGCAUCAGGGUCAAGCGGUGGAAGCACUGGAAACCCGACCGGCGCAGUCCUGUGCGUCCACGGCGGACUGUCGCCCUUGAUAGACACGGUCGAUAAGAUCAGGCUGCUCGACAGAAAGCAGGAAGUUCCCCACGAAGGCGCCAUGUGCGACCUACUCUGGUCCGAUCCUGAUGAGAUCGAUGGCUGGGGCCUUUCUCCCCGAGGCGCCGGUUUCCUGUUCGGAGCCGACAUUGUCAAGGUCUUUAACCACAGGAACGACCUAUCGCUCAUCGCACGCGCUCAUCAGCUUGUCAUGGAAGGCUUUAAGGAAAUGUUUGACGCAAGUAUUGUGACCGUCUGGUCCGCACCAAACUACUGCUACAGAUGUGGAAAUGUAGCCGCAGUAUUGGAACUAUCCGAAGAUGGAGGUGGCGAGAGCAUAUUGUCGCGCAACAAUGGCGAUAUAGGCCGGACCAAUGAGUUUAGAGGACCAUUGGCAGAGGGCGAGACCAUCGUCAAGAGUGGUCCAGCGAGGAGAUAUCGAGUCUUCCAGGCAGCACCGCAGGAUUCUAGAGGCAUGCCAGCGAAGAAGCCGGUUGCAGACUACUUCCUCUAAUCUAGAGGCAAAGCCCAGAUCGGUAACAACAAGAGGUCCUUAUCUGACGGGGUAAAGAUCAGGACUGGUAGGCAGGACCGAGUCUUGGGUCAAGCAAAACAUUUUGUGGAUACACCUUUUUUCUUCUUUUUUUCUUCAGGAGUUUGGCGGCCAGGGUAUGCAACGAAACGGAAUGAUAUCACAUCAUGUGUGUAGAUACUCAAGCUCAAUGCGAUUUGCAAUGAUAAUCUACGCUGUAAUCAAUUUGCUCAAACA